AUGGGUGAUAAUUUUUUAGCUGUGGUAGGGAAGAUUACACUGGAAGUUCAAAACUAUACGGUCACUUGUCAUAAUAGAUUAAUAUUGACAGUCGACACCCCCCAGGGCAAGAUCGCCUGCCAGAAUGAGAUCUGGAUCCAACAGUGGAUGAACCCAACAGCCCCAGGUGCCAAGUCCAACUCCAAGAAGUAUCACUGCCAGUCAAAAAGACAUGUCGGUUGCCCGAUGAAGAAGCGCACGGAGAGCGCGACGUUCGGUCCCAUCGGCAGCAACGAGCGCGUCUACUGUACAGACUGUACUCGGCGUUUGCGUCUCUUCAAGAAGUUCAAGUCCAACGCGAACUCGUGUGUCGUUUGCGAGGCCAAGGUCGGAAGGGGGGGUAACUUGGUGAAUUUGAAACUCACUGUUUGGACGGUGCAGAAUUAUCCUGCUCCGUCGUACGGACCACCCGAUUUCGGCCGCGCGAGUAACUUCGAGUUUGAGUGUCUUAAUGACAAGUGUGCCGGGAAGGGGCACUGCCAGCGCCUCCACCACGACAAGUGCGACAAGAUCCCAUGCACGAAGGCGGCAACGUACGGUCCAGGCUUCGAGCGGAUCUACUGCCGCGAUUGCGUCAAGACCCUGCGCUUGACACCCUUCUACGAGUCGAAUUGGCCGAGAUGUGUCAAGUGCGGGGAUGGAAGCAGGGCGUUGCCGGCCAUGUUUGGCAAGCGCGGCGGACGCAAGACGCACUGCCUCAAGUGCGCUGCUGGAGAGGAGGGGCUGAUUUCUCUACGUAACGCAAUCUGUGCUUUCAAGCUGCUGGAUGGUGAGCUGUGUUCAAGACACGCAACUGGGAGGAUCGAUGGGGUGCUUGCUUGCACUGAGCACGGCACGUCAGCAGAUCAGGCCGCAGCUGGUGAUUUCGAGCGGUUUGCUUACAAGGUCUGCCAAGCGGAGGGAUGCGAGAUUGUUGCGACGGGCACCCACUGCCACAAACACCUCCGCGAACUCGGCUUGCCGCUACCCGACGACAGUCAUUGCGUUCUUAACCUUGAAAAUGCCCGCCACGCGAUGCUUAGCAGGUACUGCGUUGACGGCAAGGACACUAUGGAGUCAUUCAGGUGCAAGUUCGGCAAGCUUUGUGCCCCUCGUCUCCAUGAACGCCAAAGAUGCGACGACACGCUGGAAUUUGAAGACCUGACCAAGAUGUGGUGCCUGGAAUGUGGCGUUCGGCGCCGCAAGUACGGUUUCGAGGGUGGCAAAGACGCAUUGUGCUCCCCGUGCGCGAAGAAGUCUGAGUUCGCGGAUACGCUGGUUCAUAUUUACGAAUGA